AUGCAAUCCCUAAUCGAAGACGAAGAAUCCCGAUUUUUCGACGCACGCGAAGAGAUCGCAUCCUGUUCCACUUCAAUCGACUACGACGAGCCGCCUCCGUCGUCGUCCAUCUCCGUCGAUUUCCAGUACGACGUCUGGAUCAAAAGCCCAGGAAACGCCGAGGAGCGCCGAGAGAAGUUCUUAAACUGGAUGGGAGUCACUGUGAGCCAGACUCAUCACGACGAACCUGCUAAAUCUGGCAAUGUGGAUCGUCUCUCAAUCUCGGUUACUGAAGCAGCGGUUAUGAGUAGGAGGACGAGAUCCGACGACGAGUUUACCUCUUGCCGCUGUGACUCUUCUCUGCUUAGCUCAAAGGUAAAUGUAGAUAGAAUCGUGAAGGAGAGUUUGUGUAAGGAGGAGGAAGAGGUUGGGAAUUUAAGUAGUCGAAUGCUUUUGAGGAAUCUGCGUUCUGAUGAUGAAAUUAGCUCUAGCCUUUGUUCUGGAUCAUCACCUGCUUCGGGUUUAACAGAUCGGAUUGUGAAACCUAAGUCGCCGAAAGCGAUGAUCUCCGGAUCAGAACAUCGCGAUGUAGGCGGAAUCAUGAAGAGAGUUAAGGAUAAAUGGCUGAGUCGGUUGCACAAAGUGCGUAACAAGGAGAAAUCAGGAGAUCAUGCUAGUGAAGUUUCGGAUUUUGGGAGUAGGAUUGAGAGAGUUAAGGUCAAGGAGUUUAAAAAAACUGCUAAGGAGCUUUCUGCUCUUUUCAAAGGUCAAGAGAUACAAGCUCAUGAAGGUGCGAUUCUCGCUAUGAGAUUUAGUCCUGAUGGGAGGUAUCUUGCGAGUGCUGGUGAAGACGGGGUUUUGCGAGUUUGGAGCAUUGUUGAAGACGAAAGAUGUGAAGAGCAUGACGUUCCCAAGAUUGAUCCGUCUUGUAUAUACUUUGAAGUGAGCAAACUCUCUGAGCUGAGACCUGUGGCUGUUGAGAAGGAGGGGGUUACUGGUUCGUUGAUGAGUCCAAGGAAGGCAACAGAGUCCGCUUGUGUUAUCAUUCCGCCAAAGAUUUUCCGGGUUCUUGAGAAACCGGUUCACGAGUUUCUCGGUCACAGUGGUGAGAUCCUUGACGUCUCAUGGUCCAAGAACAAUCGUCUGUUGUCAGCUUCAGUAGACAAUAGCGUUCGGCUUUGGCAGAUUGGCCGUGAGGAUUGUCUUGGAGUCUUCUCUCACAGUAACUAUGUUACAUCUGUUCAAUUCAACCCGGUUGAUGAUGACCAUUUCAUCAGCGGCUCGAUAGACGGGAAAGUUCGUAUCUGGUCAACUUCUCAGUGCCAAGUUGUAGAUUGGGCCGACGCUAGAGGCAUUGUAACCGCAGUUUGUUAUCGCCCAGACGGUCAGGCAGGGAUUGUUGGAACUUUGACGAGCGAGUGUCGCUUCUACAAUGUAUCAGGUCACUGUCUUCAGCUAGAUGGUCAUAUAUGUCUGCAUACCAAAAAGAAGUCGUCAAGUAAACGAAUAAUCGGCUUUCAGUUUGAUUCCACGGACCCAAGCAGAGUCAUGGUGGCAUCGGCAGAUUCACAAGUCAGGAUCAUUAGCGGUCGUAAUGUUGUUCAUAAAUACAAAGGAUCUCGAAAUGCCGGGAAUCAAAUAUCGGCAUCGUUUACAGCAGACGGGAAACAUAUAAUAUCGGCGUGUGACGAUUCCUCCGUCUACGUCUGGAACUGCAUCGAAGACAAUCCCGAACCAGCGUCUCCUGGUUUUUUCUCCUACACGAAACGAGUCAAGAUCCGAUCAUUCGAGAGAUUCUCUGCAGACGUCUCAGUCGCUGUCCCGUGGUGCGGUUUCGCACCUGUAAUCUCCGGCGGAUCCGAGCUAUCGCCGUCGCUCUUCUCGUUAGGGCGAGAGUACGUUCUCGAUUCUCCCAAGGGAUCUGCGACUUGGCCGGAGGAGAAGCUAGCAAGCUCGUUCUCUCCGGUGAAGGCGAUCCGUAGAUCGCAUUAUAGAUUACUCCGGUCGUCGUGCCGGAGAACGUCCGAGUCUUCUCAUCUCUGGGGAUUGGUUAUAGUCACCGGCGGUUGGGAUGGACGGAUCCGAUUGUUUCACAACUAUGGUUUGCCGGUUCCCGUUUGA